CUGCGCUCUUUCCUCGGCUUAGCGUCGUAUUCUCCUGCGCACAAUACGCAAUAUAUUUGGCGUAGCCCAUCGGCCGCACGAUAAGUGACGCCAAUUGCGUAGCACUGUUAGUAAUGGCGUCUGUGUCGAAGAUGCGCUUGGCUCGGGGAAAAUGAAGCGGAGGAGAAGUUAUUCCUUCUAAGCAAACGCCGUGGUUUCAUUCAGUGGGAUUUCCUCGUCGAGAGAAGCGGCGUUUCCGAAGACUGUUCCGGCUUCGACGUGCCGUCUCCCGGAGGCCCCCGAAAUGAUGAAGCUUAAGUCGAACCAAACCCGGACCUACGAUGGGGAUGGUUAUAAGAAACGGGCCGCCUGUCUGUGCUUCAGGAGCGAGAGUGAGGAGGAGGUGUUGCUGGUGAGCAGCAGCAGGCAUCCUGAGAAGUGGAUCGUGCCUGGUGGGGGAAUGGAGCCCGAAGAAGAGCCCAGCGUUGCUGCUGUUCGAGAAGUUUGUGAAGAGGCUGGUGUCAAGGGGACGUUGGGGCGGCUCGUAGGAAUAUUUGAGAACCAAGACAGGAAGCACAGGACGUAUGUCUACGUUCUUAUCGUCACAGAGGUCCUGGAGGACUGGGAGGACUCGGUCAACAUUGGGAGGAAGAGGGAGUGGUUUAAGACAGAGGAGGCACGCGAGGUGCUGCGCUGCCACAAGCCCGUGCAGGCGUCCUACUUCGAGGCACUGCGGCAAGGCUGCCUGACCAGCAAUGGGACCCCCAUGCUGGCCACGAUAUCCGGGGAGCUGCCGGCCACCUACAGCCUCAGCCAGAGCUCCGUCUCAGGCAUCAGAUAACUACACAGGGGCGGCACCCACGCCCCGGAGCCUGGGACACAGCCGCGUCUGCUCGCCCCCCUCCUCCUGCCACCCCCACCCCACCCCACUGC